AUGCCAUCCGUACCCCCCGACAGUCGCAACAGCUUCGCGCGAGCCGUGGGAAGCGUCGUCAGCAUGGCGCCCAAGAAAUUUGGAAAAGCCAAGGCAGGCUCGAAGUGCAACAAUGGCAAUGGCAACGACGGCAACGCAAAGGUCAAGGGGCAGACGCAUCGCAGGUCGCGCACAGGCUGCUUUACCUGCAGGCUCCGAAGGAAAAAAUGCGACGAGGGCAGGCCCCAGUGUACGGCAUGCAAGCACCUCGGCUUGCAGUGCGAGUACAAGAGGCCGAUGUGGUGGAGCAAUAACGACGCCCGCCGUAGGCACAAGGAGGACAUCAAGAACAUCAUUAAGCGCAAGAAGCUUGCGGAAAAGUCAUCGGGCUCCAUGCAGGUCUCCAUGCUCUCUCCGCCGAGCCUCUCACACUCCUUGUCGACGUCGACUAUCCUGACGGGUUCUUUGGAUCGCACAAGGUCGGCCUCGAUCGACUCGCGCUUCGAGUCUGCCUUCAACUUCAACACGCCCCCGCAAGGUCCCGAGUGCUUCAUCUACAAUGCGCAGGAGCACCCGGAAUUCGCCUUGGAUGGCUGCUCGCCCUACGAAAUAGACGUCAAGACGGAGCGCCAGAUGUUCGUCAACGACGUGCCCACGCUGAGGGAGUCGCACGUCUCGACCUUCAGCACCUACCACACGCCCCCUCCGCCGGGGACCGUCCUGCCGCCGGGUCUCUUCGAGGAUGCAUGGACCGGGCACGCCCACGAGAACUACGGGGAAUCGCUGGCGGAGGAAGCCCUCGACCUCGAUUUCUUUGACUUCGCCCAGGGUCCGCACCUCUCGACGAGACAGUUUCACGUCGAGCUCGACGAUCACGACCAGCGUCUGCUCGAGCACUUCAUCCGCUUCGUGCUGCCGACCAUCUUUCCCAUCCUCGAGUCCAACCAGCACGGCUCCGUCGGCUCCGACCUGAUCCUCCCGGCUCUGCAGUCAAACAGCGUCUACCUCCACUGCUGCCUCAGCAUUGCCGCCCAGCACCUCAAGACGUACGCCGGUGCGCCAGGCGAGGACGUCGACGACGACAUCAUGCGCCACCGUUACACCACCAUCUUUUCCCUCUGCGAAGCCCUGAAGCGGGACGAGAACCACCAGCAGAUUCUCGAGGCGACGCUCGGCCUCAUCUUCUUCCAGUGCGUCGUCGGUCGCUUCGACGAUGGCCUCCUCGACAUCGCCUGGCACCAGCACUUUCUGGCCGCCGUGAGCCUCGUCCAGAGGCUGAACCUGCCCCGGCUCGUCUUGGAGGCGCCCGACGCACAGCUGGCGCAGACUCCGUUCAACAUGACGUUGACGAGCUGGAUCGACAUCCUCGGCGCCACCAUGCAGGGCACCUCGCCCACCUUUGCCCAUACGUAUCGGGAGAAGCACCUCUCGCGGACGAACCACCGGCUGGGGCUGCGGGAGCUCAUGGGCUGCGAGGACCGCGUCAUGUACCUCAUCUCGGAGAUUGCCUGUCUCGAGUCGCUCAAGCGCGAUGGCAUGGAUGACUUCACGCUCUGCCAGCACGUCUCGGCCCUGGGCGAGCAGAUUUCGCUGACGGAGACCGACGAGGCGUGCCCGAAGAUUCCCUUCAACGCUAACGGCAGCCUUUCGCCUAAGCAGCUGUCGAGGAACAUCACGACAGCCUUCCGACUCGCGGCCCGCAUCUACCUGUGCAGCUUGGUGCCCGGCUUCAGCGCUGGACAGCCGUCGCCCAUGGCUCUGGUCGAAAAGGUGACCAACGUUCUGCAGUGCAUUCCCUCGGGCCCUGAAGGCUUCGACCGCAGCCUCGUCUGGGUCUACCUCAUGGGAGGGUCCAUCAGCCAACCUGGCAGCGCCUUUAGGGGCUUGUUCGAGGAGCGCAUCCACCAGCUCGGCCAAGGAGCCAUGAACGGCUCCUUCGGCCGCGUCGUCACCCUCCUCCGAGAGCUAUGGCUUCGAACCGAUCGCUUCCGCCAGGCGGACACGGCGGGAUCCUCCCGAUCGGACGCGGCCCCGCAUUUCGUCCACUGGCGGGAUGUCAUGCAUUCGAAGGGAUGGGAUUUUCUCCUCAUGUAG